AUGUCUCUUUAUCUGCUGAAGCUCAUUAGAACCUCCUUUUCGGGAAAUCUUGGAGGGUGCAAGUAGUUGGUCGUGUUUUUGCUUGUCUCAUCCUGUUGAAACCCGAGGGAAAACAAGCACUAGGAAUGUGUUCAAGGGGUCCAGGCUCAGUAGAGGCUUUUAAGAAGUUUCUUUUGCUGCCUGUCACCCUCAAUUCCCUUACCCCACAGGGAUGUGCAGAUGGAGGCUGGAGGAGACACUACUGCCCCAGCCCCUGGGGACGCGGAGGACUUGGAGGACACUCGGCUCCCCAGUGAGGAGGAUGGAGAGGAUGGAGAGGUUCACGAGGCCCCGCCGGAUCCUGGGGACGGGGACCUGGAGAAAACAGAAUCCGAGACGAAGGAUCAGCCAUCCAGCCUGCUGUCACCACUGCCCCAAACAGAGGCCCCAUCAUGCAACUGUGGGCUUUGGGAUCCUGCAGCCUCAGAGAAUAGUCCCGUGGGUGGCGCUGAGAGUGGCUCUGGGGGCCAGGGCGGGGACCCCAGUGAUGAGGACUGGCGCAGCAAGCGAAAGCACGUGUUUGUGCUGAGCGAGGCAGGCAAGCCCAUCUACUCAAGGUAUGGUAGCGUGGAGGCUCUGUCGACGACCAUGGGUGUGAUGACGGCCCUCGUGUCCUUCGUGCAGAGUGCAGGAGAUGCCAUCCGCGCCAUCUACGCUGAGGACCACAAGCUGGUGUUCCUACAGCAGGGCCCACUGCUGCUGGUGGCUGUGUCGAGGACUCCUCAGUCGGCAGCCCAGCUCCGCGGGGAGCUGCUGGCCGUGCACGCACAGAUCGUGAGCACGCUGACCCGUGCAAGCGUGGCCCGCAUCUUCGCGCGCAAGCAGAACUACGACCUCCGCCGCCUGCUGGCCGGUUCAGAGCGCACGCUAGACCGGCUUCUGGACAGUGUGGAGCGGGACCCCGGCGCCCUGCUGUUGGGCGCCGUGCGCUGUGUGCCCCUGGCCCGCCCACUGCGCGAAGCCCUGGGUGCGCUGCUGCGACGGUGCACGGCGCCCGGCCUGGCCCUCUCGGUGCUGGCCAUCGGAGGUCGACUGGUGACAGCGGCCCAGGAGCGGACUGUGUUAGCCGAGUGCCGGCUGGACCCCGCCGACCUGCAGCUGCUGCUCGACUGGGUGGGGGCGCCGGCCUUCGCUGCGGGGGAGGCGUGGGCACCUGUGUGCCUGCCCCGCUUCAAUCCGGAUGGUUUCUUCUACGCCUACGUGGCGCGCCUGGACGCCAUGCCCGUGUGCUUGCUGCUGCUUGGCACUGACCCUGAGGCCUUCCAUGACAUGGCCACCUGCCGGCGCCUGGUUGAAGAGGGCAUGCACGCCCUUGGUGCCGUGCGGGCCCUGGGGGAGGCUGCCAGCUUCUCCAAUGCCCCAUCAGCCAGUGCUCCUGCCUACAGCGUUCAGGCUGUGGGGGCACCGGGCCUCCGGCACUUCCUCUAUAAGCCACUGGAUAUCCCCGACCAUCACCGGCAGCUGCCCCAGUUUACCAGCCCUGAGCUGGAGGCCCCGUACAGCAGAGAGGAGGAGCGACAGCGCCUGUCCGACCUGUACCACCGUCUGCACGCGCGCCUCCACAGCGCCUCCAGGCCCCUGCGUCUCAUUUACCACGUGGCCGAGAGGGAGACGCUGCUGGCCUGGGUGACUUCCAAAUUUGAACUCUAUACCUGCCUCAGCCCGCUGGUGACAAAGGCAGGUGCCAUCUUGGUAGUGACCAAACUCCUGCGCUGGGUGAAGAAAGAGGAGGAUCGACUCUUCAUCCGUUACCCACCCAAGUACUCCACACCCCCAGCUGCCCCAGCUCCCUCUACAGACCAACCUUCCCAUAAUGGCUUGUUCACUGGACCUUGAGUGGCAGAGUUCUUAGAUUGGGCCGUGCUGAGAAGCACCACCUUUGGCUUUUACCUUCUGCCUCCAGCCUGGAAAUGGGGCAGGAGGACACAGGAAAGGCUGCUUCCCCAGUCCAGUGAUGCUCCUCCAGCUCUGGGGACAUCCUUGGGCCCCUCUGCCCUGUUCUCCCUCUGCCCCACCUCUUCCACUUGGAUGACAUCCCUCUGUCAGAGGCUCUCUCCCCCAGUCCUGGGCACCACACCCUCUGUCCUGCAGCAGGAGUUGGCCUCCUGGUGGGCUGUGAGCCCUGAGUGUCCAGGGUUGGCCAGGGUCCCUUUGGGUGGUCCACAGGAACUCUGGAAUUGGGAAUGCAUGGCCAGCCUUUAUGAAAGGCUUUAAGAAAGAAACCGUACCUAAAAGACCUCAAAUCACUUUUAACAAGGACAUCCCUUUGCCCUUCACCUACUUCAUCUUCACCCAGUCAGAAGUGACCCCCGUCAAUGUUGGCUGCUGGUGGUGGAGAAGGUGGCCUUCUGGGCAGAACACCUGACUGACUUCACACCUGGCUGAGAUCCAAACGGUGUGCAUGGGAGGCACGCUUGGCUUCUGAGGCUCGUUGAACUCACCCGUGAAGUGCAGAGAACCUCGCAUCAGCUGUCACGCGAGGAUCUGUGAACAACGAAAAGGGACUCGAACUCUUGGGUACCACUGCACAGUUCACAUAUGUGUGUCUCGUACUUCCAACCUGCACACGUAGCAACCUAGAGUGGGAAAGGCCUCCCUAGAGUUCAUGUGCGUGGGCACAGCACUCCCUUCUCAACCGACCAAGACCUGGUCGUGCCCUACAGUAGAGUUGGCGGACCUUGGGGUGUACGCAUGCGCGCCGUCGUUC